AUGAGACCCGAUCUCGCAGUCGUAUUAUUCACCCUCUUCUCCUCGGCGGUCGCAUCGGCCAUCGACGGUCCCCUCCACAUCAAGCGCGUCGAUUCCGUACCCAGCACCGACGAACAUGACCUAUACAAGCGUCGUGGCGGCGGUGGAGGAGGAGGACGCGGAGGUAGCAGCGGCGGCGGCAGUCGAGGCGGAAGCAGCGGAAGCAGAGGUGGGAGCUCCAGCAGUGGUAGUCGCGGCGGUUCAAGUAGCAGCGGCGGCUCCGGCUCCAGCCGUGGAAGUUCAUCAGGCUCAUCUCGUCCAGGUUCAGGAUCAAGCUCAGGCUCCAGUGGUGGACGUUCAGGCGGUCGCGGCCCCCAACCCACCUACGCCGGCAACCGAUACGCAGGCGGCGCAUCGGCACCCUAUAGACCCGCCGGUCGCAACAGUCCCAGUGGCAUUAAGCCUGUCCUCUUAGGUGCCGGUAUCGGUGGUGCAGCUGCCCUUGCCUUCUGGCCAGGUGUGUGGUAUGGCGGUGCAUACCUGUACCACUAUCCCAACUCGUACCGGUACUACAACGAGUCAAGUGAGGAGGAUGAGGAGCGCCCUAUCCUUUGCGCGUGCUCAGCAGAGGCGUAUUGCGGAUGCGAUCAGGACGACAAAGUCAACAACACCGCACUCUAUGACGAACUCAUCGGAAACGGCAGCUACGAGCAUCUCAACAAGUCGAUUGUCGAUGUCGCCGAGGUCAACGGUACCACAACCAUCCUCAUCAACGGUACUCUUCCCAAUGACACUGCCCUUCCCUCGGACUCAGAGGACAGUGCUGCUGCCCAAAGUAUGAUUCAGGCAAUGGGCUACUGGCCCGCAGCAGCAGCAGUCCUAGCAGCCGUCCUCAUCGCCUAA